UUAUCCAUUUAAAGCAUAUAUGGAUUUAGAGUAGAGCAUAUGGAUCAAUCUAUUUAUAAUUAUAAGAAUCGAAUGUGUUUGUUUUUAUGUUAUUUUGUGAAGGAAUGAAAACAAUUAUAUAUAGAAUGGGUUGGGAAUUAUGCCUAGAUCCCGUGUAAAUGGAAAUUUCAUUGAUAAGACCUCCUCAAUUGUAGCCAAUAUUUUAUUGCAAAUAAUUCCGACAACCUCAGGAGAAAAAAAGGCAUUUACUUAUUAUAGAGAUGGGAUGUUGGCUCAAUCCGAAGGAAAUUAUGCGGAAGCUUUGCAAAAUUAUUAUGAAGCUACGCGAGUAGAAAUCGAUCCCUAUGAUCGAAGUUAUAUACUCUAUAACAUAGGCCUUAUACACACAAGCAAUCGAGAGCAUACAAAGGCUUUGGAAUAUUAUUUCCAGGCACUAGAACGAAACCCCUUCUUACCGCAAGCUUUUAAUAAUAUGGCCGUGAUCUGUCAUUACCGAGGAGAACAGGCCAUUCUACAGGGUGAUUCGGAAAUUGCGGAAGCUUGGUUUGAUCAAGCUGUUGAAUAUUGGAAACAAGCUAUAGCGCUUACUCCGGGAAAUUAUAUUGAAGCACAGAACUGGUUGAAGAUUACGAAGCGCUUUGAAUUUGAAUAAGACCAUGCUCCUUCUUUUUCAUAAAAUGGGUGGUUUGGUUGUUGAUCCAUUAAUCAAAUAAAUUAGGUCGUAAGAUCGAAUCAAGAAUUUCAUUAUAUCCAUUUCUUAUACCUUCUAUUUUAUAUGAUAUUUCAUAAGAAUAAACCAUAGGGAUAGGGUCUAGAAUAGAAGUAAUAAACUGAAUAAAAA